AUGCAUGCUGGAUACCUUCCAGUUAAUUCGCAAAACGAUGGUUCCUUGUUCUUUUGGCAUUUCCCGAAGAAAUUCAUUAGUGACAAAUCAAGAACCGUUAUCUGGUUAAAUGGUGGUCCCGGUCAGAGUAGCCUUAUCGGUGCUUGGACUGAAAUUGGCCCUUUUCGCUUUAUCAAUAAGGACACCAUGGUGGUGAAUAAUGGCUCCUGGCACUUCUAUGCUAAUCUCUUAUUCAUCGAUCAGCCGAUCGGUACUGGAUUUUCUUAUGCCGAAAACAAUCGAUUUGUUAAAGAACUCGACGUCAUGGCAGAACAUUUUGUCGGUUUUCUCGAGCGAUAUAUCGAAAUUUUCCCGAAAUUACUUGAAGACGAUAUCUACUUAGCUGGUGAAUCGUUUGCAGGUCAAUAUAUUCCAUAUAUUGCCAAGGCUAUUCUCGAAAAACGAUCGCCGUUGAAACUACAUGGUCUCAUCAUCGGAAGUGGAUGGAUUGAUCCUGUUUCACUUUAUGAUUCAUAUCUCCCAUAUGCAAUUGCCAAUAACCUACUAAAGAACGAUUCAGAGCUUUACACAAAUGUUACUCAGAUAGUCAAGAAAUGCGAACAAGCAGUAGUGAACGGUGUACAUGUUUUUACGAAUGAAUGUAACUCUGUUCUCGAUCAGAUAAUGAACAAUGGUAUAAAGAACGAAUAUAGUUCAUGUAUUAAUGUUUAUCAUAUACGACAGAAUGCAUCGAAACCCGAAUGUGGAAUGAAAGGACCAUCGGAAAUCAAAUAUGUUUCUGCUUAUUUAAGUCGAAUGGAUGUGAUGUCUUCUUUACAUGUGAAUAAGAAGAUACGUUAUUGGAAAGACGUGACUGAUCCAGUUUAUCUCGCAUUUCAAGCAGCUAAUUCGAGACCAUCGAUUGAAAUCUUACCCGAUUUACUUCGACAAAUGCCGAUUCUGAUUUAUAUCGGUGAAUACGAUUUCAUUUGUAAUCAUUUCGGUACAGAAAAUAUGCUGAAUAUUAUGCAAUGGAAUGGGAGAGUGGGCUUUGAUUUAGGAAGCGGCUUGAUCUCGCCCAGCAACCCAUGGAUUGUCGAAAAUGAAUCAGCAGGUCGCAUUCGAUACGCGCGGAAUCUAACAUAUAUUCUGUUUUACAAUGCUGGUCAUAUGGUUCCCUCGAAUCAAGCACGACGAUCGCAAGCUAUGUUACAUCAAUUUAUACAACUAAAUUUAACUUAUCCCAACAAUGGAACAUUAGAUGCUGAUUAUUCAAAGACUAAUCAGAAAAGUUAUGAUUCUUUCAAGAAAAUGGCAUUAGUUUUAACUACGAUGGUCGUUAUUGCUUUCAUUUCAAUUGGAUUUACUUGGUUUUUGCUCUGCAAACUCCGAGUGCAUGAGAUUAUUUUAUCAUGCCAGCGUCUGAGUUUAUUUCGCUCAAAAGAACAAUCAGUGGUAUAUCAACGUUUCAGAAGUUUGGACGAUGAUUCUGUUGCUUUUGACGGUGACCCUUCAACGUGA